AUGGCGGGCAACCACUUUGCGGACGACCAGAAGAACCCCGGAGAUACUGCGGCAAUGUUUGAAAAUCAGCCGACGUUUGCUUACAACAGGAAAUUCAAACAAUGCAUUUGGCAGUUAGAUGUUGGGAACUAUGUUUUCUGGUCGAAAAGUGGCCUGAAUGGCUAUAUUAUAAGGUAAGCCAGGCAUUUUUACCAUUUUUUGAAAGCAAAUUCCCAUAACUUUGAAAGCGAUGGAUGAAUUAAAUGAAUUCGUUUACUUAUAAGUACCAGGGUGAUGUUGAUGCAAAAAUUUGUGUCAUGCUGCGUAGGUUACGGGAGGAAAAUCGUACUUCUAAGUACGAUUUUCGAAUUUCCGCUGCCCGCAAAGUGGUUGCUCGCAAAAAUCGCGACACCUCCGAAAAAUGAAGUUAUAAAUAUUUUUACGACCUGUCUACCGAAAAUUGCCAUAUGAAAGGAGCCGAAUAUCUCCCAAUAAGGGCAUUAGCAUUUCAAAAAGAUGGUAAGGAAUUGAUGUUCCUGUAUAAAAGGAACCUUUUGGUGUUUGUAAACAACCCAUAAUCAGUCGAAUCCUAAAAAUGUUCCAUCAACUGAUCAUUUUGGCCCUUCUUUUCACCGCCGUCGCUACGCAGCGUAGGUUUGGUUUGAAGACAUAAGGUAUUAAUAACGUCUUUUAGCUCUAUUGAACGCUGUUUUCAAUCAGGAGAAUCCUCUGUAAGUUUCGACAAUUACGGUCAAGUCAUAGUAAUCAUUAACGUUGGCAUUCUCAAAGGAGAACUCGGCAAGUGUGAGGCCUGAAGUUAGGGGUGUAUAGGCUUCACAACGCAUUUUGAGGAAGCUUUAUCUAGACAUAGCUGGUCAGGGCUGUUUUGGUUAAUGACAAGAAGGUCGCAAGGACCCAUUCUAAAGCUUAAGUUCAUUAUCAGUGCAUAAAAAAUUUGUCAUGAGCAACCCCACCGUCAGUUAAAAAUAAGGCCGCUAUGUCGUUGAAUGGCAAAUGAGCUCCUGCAGAACAGGGAGCUCACAAGAAGCUAUAAUGUUUUCAAUGCCUGACAAUCCCGCAACCGUAAUUUUUCAGCGCAUCCGCUCUGACUGGCCAGUCCGGAUCGGCUCAUGCUAGAGUUCAGCGAUGCGUCGUCCACCCAUGUCGUAGAGGUUAA